UUACAUGCUUCAACUUAUGGUUCUGAAAAGCUCGAAGGUUAAGCAUGCUUUCACGUAGUUGAAUUCAGCCUGUGCAUGAUAAGAAUCUCGGUCGCACGUACUCGUCUGAAAGCAUUCUAAUGAGUAGAUCAAGUUUGUUUACGAGGAAUAAAAACAGCAUCGGCUGCGGCGGUUGUAUGUGACUUGUGUGUUUUCUUCAUCUUGCACAGGAAAUCUAAUUAUCGGAAAUGGUUGGUGGAAAAUUUAUGCAUUUGUCAAGUCCUUCCUUAGAAUCAUCACCUACGUUUGUGGAUGAUAUGUGGUUCAAGUACAUUCUCUCUGUGAUAUCUGCGACAAUUGCUGAAGGAGCAACAUAUCCUUUGGAUUUGAUAAAAACCAGGCUUCAAAUCCAGGGUGAAAUAGCAUCAUCCAAAGGAGAUGCUGGUAGUUACAGAGGAAUGCUUAAGACUGCUGUUGGAAUAGUGAAAGAAGAAGGCUUAAUCAGAUUGUGGCAAGGUAUCACACCUGCAAUUUAUAGGCAUGCAAUCUAUACAGGAGUUAGAUUUGGUGCAUAUGAAAAAAUGAGAGAAAAUGUGUUCAAGAAAAAUCCAGAUGGAUCAUAUUCCUUAUGGAAAGCAGCUAUAGGGGGUAUGAGUGCAGGAGCUUUAGGCCAAUUUAUGGCUAGUCCAACUGACUUAGUCAAAGUGCAAAUUCAAAUGGAAGGUAAACGAAGACUGGAAGGAAAGCCCCCAAGAGUAAAAAACGCAUUCCAUGCUUUUCAACAAAUCAUGAAACAAGGUGGUAUCAGAGGAUUAUGGAAGGGAUGGGUCCCGAAUGUGCAAAGAGCUGCUUUAGUCAAUUUGGGUGAUUUAACAACGUAUGAUACAGCUAAAAGAUAUAUUCUUAGAAAUUCGCAAUUAAAGGACACAUCGCUCGUACAUAUUAUGUCGAGUAUGUGUGCUGGGCUUGUAGGCGCCAUUAUGGCAACCCCAGCCGACGUAAUAAAGACAAGAGUUAUGAAUCAGCCAACUGACGAACGUGGACGAGGCCUCUACUACAAGUCAUCUAUUGACUGUUUCUUGAAAACCGCUCAACAGGAGGGUUUCUUGGCGAUGUAUAAAGGCUUCUUCCCCGCAUGGAUUCGUAUGGGGCCAUGGAGUUUAUGUUUCUGGUUGAGUUACGAGAAAAUUCGCAAGGCAAUGGGAACCGCCGCAUUUUGAGGCAAAUUGGUAAAAUACAACGAAGAGUAAUAUGCUUGUAUAGAUUGUCAGACAAGGAACCGCAUACUUUUCAUCAUACAAUAAAACACAGUGUGCACUCGUAGUCGGUGAGAGUUCUAGUGUUUGUAUGCGUGUCAAUUUAUCAGCCAGAGAAGUGUAUAAAAGACAAAUAAAGAGACAGUUACAAUUGUUUAA